UCUUAAUCGUACAAAGUUGUGUUUAUGAAAACUAACCGUUCAUAAUCUGAAACAGAAGCGUUGCAGGUCUGCUGUUAAAAGAUAAGCAUAAGUUAAAGAGAAUGGGGACUGAACCUGGCCCAGUCCAGAUCGUGAAAGUCAAUAAAGAGGAUCACUCCUUUGAUCUGGAUACAAAGGCGCUUAGUCGAAUUCUAUUGGCACCUGAGGUUCGUGAUAAAAAUGUGGUGGUGCUGUCUGUCGCCGGUGCCUUCCGAAAGGGGAAAAGUUUUCUCUUGGAUUUCAUGCUCCGGUACAUGUAUAGGAAUGGGAAGGCUGGUCAGGACUGGCUUGGGCUGGAGAAUGAGCCUCUGACGGGGUUCUCCUGGAGAGGAGGCUCAGAGCCAGAAACCACCGGCAUCCAGCUAUGGAGCGAAGUCUUUGUUGUGCGGAAGAAGGAUGGAAGUGAGGUUGCAGUGCUUUUAAUGGACACACAAGGAGCAUUUGAUUCUCAGUCAACUGUGAAGGACUGUGCGACUAUUUUCGCCCUAAGCACCAUGACCAGCUCUGUCCAGAUUUAUAACCUAUCACAGAAUGUUCAGGAAGAUGAUCUACAACAGCUUCAGCUGUUUACAGAGUAUGGCCGUCUGGCAAUGGAUGAAAUAUUUCUGAAGCCUUUUCAGUCUCUUAUGUUCCUGGUCAGAGAUUGGAGUUUCCCUUAUGAAUACAAAUAUGGGUUCAAGGGCGGAAGUGAUUUCCUGGACAAACGUCUGCAAGUGAAGCAGAGUCAGCACGAGGAGCUUCAGAAUGUGAGAGAGCACAUUCGCUCCUGCUUCACCUCCAUUUCCUGUUUUCUCUUACCACACCCUGGCCUGAAUGUGGCAACAAGCCCUGCUUUCAGAGGACAGCUGUGUGAUGUGGCUGCAGAGUUCAAGGAAGAGUUGCGUGUCCUCAUUACACACCUGCUGAAUCCUGAUGAACUGGCUGUGAAGGAGAUCAAUGGGAAUAACGUGACCUGCAGGGGCCUGUUGGAGUACUUUAAGGCAUAUAUCAAGAUAUAUCAGGGAGAAGACCUUCCACACCCUAAAUCAAUGCUGGAGGCUACAGCAGAGGCCAAUAAUCUUGCGGCAGUAGCGGCAGCUAAAGACCAGUACUACAAGAAUAUGGAGAAGGUGUGCGGUGGCGAUCUUCCUUAUGUGGCCCCUGAAACACUGGAGGAAAAGCAGCGUUUCAUAAAGCAAGAAGCUCUCCAUCACUUCACUGGCACUAAGAAGAUGGGUGGGCGAGAAUUCUGUAAACGUUAUCAGGAACAGUUGGAAGCGGAGCUGAAGGAGAUGUGGGAGUCGUUCAAUAAGCACAACGAGUCAAAGAAUUUGUUUAGUGCUUUCAGGACACCCGCGGUGCUUUUUGUCUUGAUUUGCCUGCUGUACGUGCUGUCAGGACUCUUGCUCUUCAUUGGCCUGGAAACGAUUUCCUUUGCAUGUGACUGUGUAGUCGUUCUGGCCAUGAUUGCUGUGUUGACCUGGGCCUUUAUCCGAUACUCUGGCCAAUACAGAGAAGUAGGCACAGCCAUAGACAAGGUCACCGGGGUGGUCCUUGAGCAGGCCACAGAUGCAUUAAACAAGACGAGAGGCCAGGGUCAGCGGGCUGUUGAACACAAGAAAACAAGAUAGCUUCUCAGGCAAACCAAAAUUGUCAAAACGAGAUGCAAACUGCACAGGAGCGACCAAUAACACGAUACCAAAUAAUAAGGCACAUCUCCAAACAUAGCACUUAAAUAUUUUAAUGCUUAUUUUGACAGAAUAUCUAGAACCAGAUUUUUAUAUCAAUGCAAAAAAAUAAGACCAAAUAUCACAAACAGCAGGUAAUUUUUCAGGGACAUGUAUGGAUUUAGCACAAGGGCUAAACAAUGUUGCAUUGAUACACUUGCAGUUCAUUCCAAUACAGCCAAAGACUUCUGUAGUGUCACAGACAUCCUUACUAGCUGGAUGGGGUCCUUAUACUAGAUAGCAGUCUGUAGACAUGCUGUCUGUUUGUUUUCUUUAGCCAGAAGUACCUUUGCACAAUAAAACCUGAGCUUAUGAUGUAUAGUAUUAAAAAUGUACCUACACUAUGUUAUGGGACCUUUGCAAGUUUAACUAUGAUCUUUGCACCAAACUGUGGCCUUCUAUGCACUCCCAUCAGUCCAGCUUGUCCAUAUUUCUUUGGGAAAUCACGUUAAUCAUUUCUAAUGUCUUUGCACUUUUGGGGGUUUCAUAAUCAGGUUUUAUACGUACUACUCCCACUACAAUAUUCAGAAGUGCUGGACUGGUGCACACUACUUUUACACUUUUAAACUGCUAUCGAGUUGUGUGUCUAAUAUAGACACACUCAUGAAGAUCUACUGAAAGUAUUGAGAGAAAAGCCAAUGUUAACGGUUUAACAGUGUCUUGAAAAAUAAUCAAUCAGUGUACUCUGUUCUGAGAGAUAAAGCUGUUGUUCAAUGCAUUUUACAUGAGUAAGCAUCUGUUUCUGUAGGUUUGUUUAUCUAUAUUUUGAGUAUUCAUGAUGUACUUCAGUUUUUGCGUGGUGUUGCUCUUAUUCUUAUUACAUUCCAUGUCCCACCGAUCACAAUAGUUGUAUUGCACCAUGUAUAAAAUGGUACUUGUAAGCAUGGUAUUGUUGAAAUAUUUUGUUUUUGGGUACAUGUCAAGUAGCUGACAGUAUGCGCCCAGAUUUUAAUGAAAGGAAACAAAAAUAUG